AUGCGGGGACUCAACAGCGACCUGAUGCAGAUCGCAGAGGAGGCAGUGCUCGAUUACCUGCGGGCCCGACGAGCACUAUCCACAGGAGUGCUGGGGGCGAUGGCCAAGAAUUGGGAUGAAGUCGAUGCUCUCCUAGUGAAGCCCAGAGACGGUAUUGGAAGCCACCUCAAUGGCAUCUCAGACCACGGCACCAACAGCACCAAGUGCCACAACUACAAGCCAGACGAAGACACCUCCGAAAGAGCUACCACCUGCCGUCCACAAGGACCUCUUGGCCAAAUACGAGGAUCAGAUAUAGAUGGCAUCAGACGAGAAUUCCCACAGCGGAUGCUGCUGGGUUGCGAGCAGAUCAUCGCCCGCAUGUGGUGGGAGAUGCAGCACAACAUGCACACACCCAUUGCCAUGCAGCUCCACGAACUAGCCAGUCGAGUCUUCGAUGCAGCUGGAAAUCCCAAUCCACUGGCCCAGGAUCCCGACAGAACACAAUGGAGCCCGAAGGGCGUGCUGUCGCUCCUGGAUGCCUUAGAAGCCAUCGAGUGGGCCCUGACCCUAGUCAGGAUGAGCACGGAAGCGGCAGUAUGA